AUGGACGAGAUACAUCAGCAGGCUUGCGCGGCAUCCGAAGUGUUCUAUCAAUGGGUCCGGUACCGACAUCGGAUACUCUACAAAAACAUGCUACUGGAUCUCACCGUUAGCCAAAAAUUCGAGAAGUUGGUUGAGAUGGAGGAGGAGGUCAUCAGCCUCACAAAGACUCAAGACGUCACAACCGCCCUAAGACGAAACAGGAUGGUCGAACCGCAUGCUCGGUUACAAAGGCUCAUUGAACACAUUCAACGCCUCCAAGAAAAGCAUAUUCCGGGGACACCGGAUUCCUCACUUGAAUUGUUGGUGUUGAACUUGCUAGUGGUCAAAGAAAGGGACCUGACCGAGGAGAUAGCGCGGCUUGAAGCGGAGCCCGACCACCAAGAAACAUCGAACUUAUCCAGAUCCCCUCCUGAGGAUGUUGGCGUCAGGAAAAGUACACCUCUCACCGACCAGCGAGCAUCUGUUCAAACUGGAGAUUCGGAACCAGACAUAACGGAAGAAAGGGUAAAGGCCGUCAUUGAAGAAUUUGUCAAUGACGCGGUUCAGCCAUGGAAGAAGAAAAUCAAAGAAACCGCGGAUAAAGCAAUCGAGAUGGCCGAGACAACAAAGGAUGAUCUAAACAAGGCGGUCGACCGGAUCACGUCCGUUGAAACAAAUUACGGUAAUACGGAUCAACUGUACGACGGUCAUAUUGACCGAACAAAGGCAUUGGAGGAUAUAACUUCGAAGCUGGUGACCGACCUCGCUUCGGUCAGCCAAAUGGUCGCUAUGAUGGAACGAUCUCAAGAAACAACCGAUCAAAGGUUGACGAAGGUCGAUGAGGACCUGGCUCGAUCUGCUGCUCAAACCGGCUCUACACUUGAGAGGGUGGCAAAGUUAAUAGCGGCUAAGCUGGCUACCGAUAAGGCACUUGAGGAGGCGAAUGCUCUCGCGGCUCAGAAGCUCCAAGAUGCCCUAGACGAGCAGACCCGAAUACAGAAGGAAACGGCAGCGACAGAUGCAAACAUAGCCGGACAUCUGCAAAAUAUAGAGAAUAGUGCACCGGCCAUAGCAGCGUCCAUAACAACCCAACAAGCCAAAGAUGCUACCCGGCUAAAGGUCCAACAAGAAACGUAUAACAAGUUCGCCAAGGCUCACAAGAAGUCCAAGGCGGUUGCUUCCCCUUCCGUUCCGAUUACACGAAAGAGGAAGGCUGCUGAGAAAAGGGCGGAAAUCGCGACACUGUUGGGCAGAGUCACCGAUACGGUUGUUGAACCUCAAUUUAACCCAGCUUUGCAAGCCGAUGAUGAUUUCGAAGAAGAGCUCGAUCCACAGUUCAGAAGACAAAAGGGUUUUGAUGCGGUUCCAAUUAGAUCGAUUGCUCAACCGAUCUCUCCCUUCACCGACAACUUAGGCGGUCAAAGAUCCUCUUCCAGGCCGGUUCCGGUGGUCAAAGGGAAAACAACCGAUGAACUGCUGGAACAUUUCCUGCCGCCUAAAUCGAAGAAAUAG